AAAGUUGAGCGGUAAGUGAAAGUUGUUUGUUGAGCGCACCAGAUUUUUAAAUAAUGAUACUGAUAUUGUAAAACAUUUUAUUUUUAUUUCAUGAAUAUUUACUUAUUAUCACCUUCAAACGCUACAUGCGAAUCUUCCACUGCCUGAAACAGUGCUGGAAGUCUUCGUUUGUCAGCUCCUUUAGGAUGCGUGCUGCUUUCUCUUUCACCGCUUCAACGGACUCAAAUAUUGUUCCUUCUAAUAUCCUUCCUUGUCUAAGAACCAAGGCCAGGGGAUGCUUAAUAAACAUACAACAGCGGUUGAGUAUUAACGAAAAACCGUCUUUUUCUAUUAGUCCGGGAGCCUGUGGCAAAAAAUGUGAAUUAUUUCGUAAGGUUUGUCCUUAUAAAUUGGCUACGUCCACAGGCAUGAUGAGAAAAAUGCACAUAAGUAUUUUGUGGAGGUUUCCAUGGAAACCCGAUCACGUUUCUUUAGUUUCUGAACAUUUCAAAUGCUUUUUUUAAUAGUAAUCGUUAAUUAAUUUAAUAGUAAUUGUAAUCAAUACCAAAUAUAAGACUAAAAAGCAAAUAAACAAUAAUAAAUCUUAAUCGAACUAAUAUUAGAGAGGAAAAUUCAAUUAUUUUUUGACUUCGCACUUAAGCCAAAAGAGAGAAAAAAAGGGGAACAUCCCCCCCCCUCUAAAAAUCUUGGUUCUUCCAAAUGAAGUGUAAUUUUUACAAUUUACAUUCUAACAACCAAUGUUGUCAGUAUAUAUUAUAGUUCUACUCAUAACAUUUAAAAUUUUCUUUUUGUUAUUGAUGGUUGUGGAUAUUUAUGGCACUGGUGGGAAAAUUCAUUGGCCAAGCCGGUAACGAGUUCAACCCUGUAGACGCUCUAAUUUUUAUAACCAUGAUGAGGUUAUGGGUCCCGUUUGAAUGCAUUAGGAUAAGCUAAUAUGAUACCACAUAAACUUCUUCCUGACCUAUGUUUGUGUAUAAAAAUAUUCAUAGUUUCAUGUUGGACGUUACCGUAGUUAAUAUAACGGAUAUUUGAUGUAGGAGUGGGAUUUAUUUACACGUCAUGAAGGUUUUGAAACCAGAUUGGAUCAACCAUAAUGGCCUCCCCAUUUACUCCAUUGACAUACACCCUGAUGGUUCUCGCGUGGCUACCGGUGGACAAGGAGAUGACUCUGGACGAGUGGUCAUUUGGAAUAUGGCACCAGUUGUUUUGGAAGAAGAAGAAAAUGAUGAAAGCACUCCUAAAAUGCUCUGCCAAUUGGACAAUCAUCUAGCUUGUGUUAAUUGUGUACGAUGGAGUGGAUCAGGGAAAUUUUUAGCCUCUGGAGGAGAUGACAAACUUGUGAUGGUGUGGUGUAUGUCAAAAUCACUAGGCUCCAAUGCACUGUUUGGAUCUAAAGGGAAGGUUAAUGUAGAAGGUUGGCGGUGUGCGCACACACUUCGAGCUCAUCAAGGUGAUAUUCUGGAUAUGGCUUGGUCACCACAUGAUCUGUAUCUUGCAACCUGUUCUGUAGAUAAUACAAUUAUAAUAUGGCGUCCAGAAAAUUUUCCAGAAAUUGUUGCUGUUCUCAAAGGCCAUACAGGACUUGUAAAGGGAGUGAGCUGGGAUCCUGUAGGUAAAUAUCUUGGAUCUCAGUCUGAUGAUAAGACCGUGAGGAUAUGGAGGACAGUGGAUUGGUCUGAAGAAGCUGUGAUUUCAAAACCUUUCGAACAGUGUUCUGGCACAACCAUGGUGCUAAGGUUAAGUUGGUCUCCUGAUGGACAAUAUCUAGUUACGGCUCAUGCAAUGAAUGGAAGUGGCCCUACUGCGAAAAUAAUUGAUCGAGAUGGCUGGUCCUGUAAUCGAGAUAUUGUUGGCCAUAGGAAAGCUGUUACUUGUGUUGUAAGCUGUCAUUUUAUUAAAUAAGUAUGACUAAA